AUGGGCCAAUCGCACCCAAAACAUUUAAAAGCCUCACCAUCAGGCAAUAACAACAUUGUUCCUUCUAAUACACUUAAAGUGCAAGAACUGACAGCGGAAGAACGUGAUGAUUCAAUGUAUUCAACACCGAUCAGCAAAACAGAUGCUAAUUCGGAUAAAAAGAACGAAAUUGUGAUUUUAAUAUUAAUUAAUUUUAAUGAACAAAUGCAUGAUGAUGAUCCAACAAGAUGUCGUUGCCGAAAUUACCAACAUGAAGAUAAUAAUGUCAUGAUUGAUUUAUUUCAAAAAUUACAAAAGCACAUCAUGUCCUAUCGAUGGAAACCGUUUUCCAUGAAAUUUGAAUUAACUCAAAUUCUAGGAAAUGUCCAUGAGGAUGAGCAACAUUUUCAGCCUACGGCUCCUUUUGAUGUAGCCAUAUCGUAUAAUCAUGAUUGCCUUUUAGUGAGUGAUUAUCGUUACAUUCAAAUAUUUAGCUUGACAACACUACGGUUCAAAACGUCUAUUCAAUGUAGAGGUGUCCCAGGUUAUAUGUGCAUUGAAGAAAAUUUCGAUGAAAGAAGAAAUGAUGCCAUAAUAUUUAAUUGUUCACAUCAUGGAACAGAUGUUUACAAAUAUCAAUUGAACUUGUUUGUUGACCAAACAACAAGGAAAUGGAAAGAUUGGGAAUACACUCUCUGGUAUUCUUAUUUUAUGGGACGCGUUAAUGGAAUGAGAGUUUUAGAUUCGGCACAAAUGCUAUUUAUUUGUGUGCAAAACGAAUACUCUAUUAUGAUGCUUCAUUUAAAAUCGGGUGAAAUUUGUAGGCGCAUCCAGUUGACCGGAAACACACCAUACUGUUUAGACUUUACUAAUGAUGGCCAUUUAAUCACUUUCAUUGACCGGAAGUUAACACUACUGAGAGUCGAUGAAAUCCAUAACAGCCAUUGGAUACCCACUGGCUCAUGGGAUGAUACUCGUAAUGUGGGACAUCUUAUUGAUCCAUGUUCAAUUGUAUUCGACAAGGCAUCAAAUUGUAUCAUUACAAGUGAUCAUUCAACAAUUCAAGUGUUCACCUUAGACGGUACUUUGGUGAGAAAAUUUGAUUUAUUGAGCGAACCUUUUUCUACUUUUUCUGGAAGCAACCAUACGGGAUUGUGUUUAAAUAGAAUAACAGGAGAAUUAAUUGUUUGUGAGUUGGCACGAAAAACAGUUAAAAUUUUUAAUUGA